GAAAAUUCCCCAAACUCUUUACACACUCUUUUCGCUUCCCUUAAUUUUGCUACGGUUGGCGAUUACACCAUCAGAAGCAGAGCGAAGAAGAAAUGGAGGACGAUCUCUCCCUGAUAGAGAUCUCCGGCGCCGACGAUUCCUUGCUGCACAACAACGCCGACGACGCUCCUUCCUAUUUCUCUUGCUCCCCAUUCCACUUCUCCAGACCUAAGCCGCCUCUUCGAAAUGAAAUCGAAAAACUGAAAUCUAAUGCUAAUAGAGAGAGUGCGUCGGUUGACAAAGAAAAUGUUAAUAACGCAAACAAAUCGGACACAGCAAAGCUUAGCAUGGAGCCACAGCAAAUGAAGAGGAAGAAGAAAGGUGGAGGAUACAAUUUGAGAAAAAGCCUAGCGUGGAAUUCUCCAAAGGUUUUAAACUGUUUGGUUGAAUGAUUUAUCGGUUUAUAUUUGUCUAAAUGGUUUUCGUCGAUUUUGAUCGAUUUAACCGACCGGUCCAAUCUGAUUUUUA